AUGGCUUCCGUCCCCCAAUGUGAACCUCCCUCCCUCGCAUUCUCACUUCGCUUCGCUUCCUAUCCUCACACCCCACUUCCUCCCCCAUCUCCAUCGCCCAAUAGCGUGUCAACAGGUGUGCAUCGAGGUCGCUGGUCGUGCUACUUCGUGCCCGAGACCUCCUCUGACUGCCGCCAGCACGCCCUGCGCCUGCUGCACUCCUCCCGCCUCACCCACGCCUCCCCCAGCAAUGCCUCCCCCAGCAAUGGUAGUGACGGUGGUACUGCUGCUACGGGUACUGGAGAUGACAACAGUGGGAGCGAGAAUAGGGGGGAUGAGGGCAGUGGGGAGGAGUGGAGCAGGAGGAGGGUGACAGUAUGGGAGGAGUAUCUGGAGCGCAACGUCACCAACUUCUUCACCAUUCAAUAUCCCACCAUAUGGGGCCGGCCUUGGAAGCACAUGCAUCCGACGGUGGACGUGCAUGGAAGGCUCAUCCGAUGGACAGCAUUCAAUCGCCACCGCUGGUGGUUCGCUCAGGCAACCACCUAUCUCAUGCGCUACCCCUCCCCUCGUCUCUGCUGGCUCCUCAACCGCGCCCGCCACCGCGCCUUCGGCCCUGCCCUUGCCGCCCGGGCAGCCCGCUUCCUGCCGUCCGAUUGGCCGAAAGCCGUCGAGCAGCUGCCCGAUCUAACCUCACGAAACGCCCUGGGAAGCGAGGGGAAAAUCGAGGAGAUCUGGCUGGCUGGGAGUGGGGAUGCAGGCGGCACAGGGGCACUGUCAGGAACGGGAGGGUACCGAGCAGCAGGGGGGUAUCUGCCAGAGGGGUUGGUGGCGGUGCAUGUGCGGCAGGGCGACAAGGCGGGCGAGAUGGCGAUGGCAGGGGUGGAGGUGUAUGUUGCGCUGCUGGGCCGCGUGAGACGCCAGUUCCCCCAUGCGGACUCCGUGUGGCUCAGCACUGAGAUGCAGGCUGUAGUAGACGCCACCAAGCACUACACGCGCUGGCGCUUCCACGCCACCGACUUCCCACGACAGGCUGCAGGCGAGUCCAUGGAUGCGUACGAUGCACGCGUGGGAGAGCAGCGCGCCACCGACAACGCCUACGUGAACCUCCUCGUCUCCGCCGAUGCGCCCUUCUUUGUGGGCACCAUGGGGUCCACUUGGUCUGUUCUUAUUGAUAAUUUGAGGGUCGCGGGGCGGGGGAAGGCGAGGGUGGGCAUGCUGAGUGUGAACAGGGAUCGGUACUGGUUUGGGGAGACGUGGGAGGUGUGGAGGGACCUGUACAAGAAUAUCACGGUGUAG